UUGGAAACCAAUAAUCGUUUACCAUCAGACAUGACUUAUUUAUGUAAUAAUCUGGAUUUUUCAGAUCCUGAAAGGCACAGACCGCCUUUUGUUGUGGUCGAGACUGACUAUGUAUCCUAUGCGACUGUGUUCAUGUGCAUAAAAAUGGAUACUGGAAGGUUCAGACAUUAUGUAUCCAUUUUAUCCAGAACAUUGGACUUAGACCCGAAACUGUUAAAUGAUUUGAUGAGAGAUUUAAUUGAUGUAAAUGAAACUCUACAACUCAAACACGUUUACCACGAGGACUGUAAUUAUGAGAGUCUCGUUGCAGAUACUAAUGAUGAGAAUGUCACUGAUAGUGAGAACGACGAUAAGAAACCUUACGUUACUAUCAAAUGGAUGCGACAACCUACACCAGAAGGAGGCGUUUAA